UUUACAUUCCAAGCUGCAAAUACUUUAUACAUUUCCGUGCCCAGUUAGGUGUCACGCUUAUGUACUAGCUUCGACAUCAAACGUGAUAGUUUUGUUUAACUCUCGGAAGUUUCAACACAAUAUUUUCAGCCAGAGAAUAAUAAUCGAUGGUCAAAAAGAUUGGUUUUUUCCAUCACCGCAAAUCAAAUUUCAAAUUCUAUUCACCGGUUUGAAGAACAUUCGCCAAGAUGAGUCGCAACCAAGAUAUCGUCGUUGAGGACCAAACGAGCUUGCAAAAUCCCGUCGAAACCUCCACCGAUUCGAUCGGCCAAAGCAUCAAAGUGCCCCAACCGAUGAGCAAACCUCGCGACGACUCGGACGUGUUCGCACCAAUGCCCAUGGAAUCGGACACCCCUAGGGCGCGCCUCAGCAAGCACCAGCAGAACAAACUGGUGGACGAGUUCAAGAAAAACUCCUACCUCAGCCCGAGACGCGCGCUCGAGCUAGCCCGUGGCUUGAAUCUCCCGAAGCAGAGCGUCCUCGACUGGUUCGGCCACCAACGCCAGAAACUGGGCGCGCGGAAGAAGAUCUGGCACCCCAGCCCCGAGCAAAUGAGCCUCCUGAAGCGGGAGUACGAGAAGGACAGGUAUCUAGACAAAGCCCGAAGGCGGACCAUCGCCGCGGAGCUGGGCGUCGACGACAAGCACCUGGCCAGGUGGUUCGCCAACCAGCGCAAGAAGCACGACACUCCGUUACCCGCACCGAGGGAGGACUGGCACUUGGCUGUCCCAUCGCUGGCUGACUUUUCGGCCAAGUUCCAUCUCCCGAAGAAGGUAGCUUCGCUGCUCGCUGACUUUGUCAGGGGUGACGAGCCACGCGGCCUUACCCUCGUCCCCCCGUUAUCGAGUUCGGACGGUAGAAAAGCAACCGAAGGCUUUUCAGGGGAAAGUUCCGAAGUAGGUGGACAGCCGAAGGUGAACUCGGAGCAUCGAGGAUUGCAGGAUGGUUCCUCCAAGCGGUGGAGUAGCUCGGGUGGUGAGCACAAAAAUACCAAAUUCAUGAGUGGUCGAGCUGUCCAAGGUGACUCGUCUGAGGAGGAAAACGUUCCCGUGGACUCGAACGUGGAAGGAAGUGGCAUUGCCAAGAGGAAGCGGUUGGUGGUGGGCCAGGAUCAAGUGGCCAAGCUGCAAAAGGAGUUUGCCAAAAGCACGAAAAUCGCCAAGGAAAGGAAGAUGGAGUUGGCCAAGGAGCUGAACGUGUCGACAAGGUACAUUGAGACGUGGUUCUCCAAGCGCAGGUUGAAGGAGAACGUCAAGCUAGCAGGUCCUUCGCUCGCGCCCGAAGCGACGAGACGUUUAGAAGAGGUGUUUGUUUCGGAGGGGGGCAUCCCGGACAGGGGGAGGAGGCACGUUUUGGCGGAGGAGCUGAACAUGAGCGAGAAGAACCUUUACGCUUGGUUUUACCGCAGGAGCAAGAAGGACAAACAGAAGAAGACACCCUGAAGUGGGUUGUGCAACUGUCAUUCGUGUGCUUGAUCGACUGAUUCAGAAUACUCGUUGGAAGAUAAAAGUACUUUUUAUUAUUACUAUUUAUUUUUUUAUUUUUUUAUGAUAAAGUUUAAGUUUACGUCAAAAGGCAAUUAAUAAUUCGUUUGUAUUUAAUACUUCAUUGCACUGUAGAAACAACUGUCUUCAGAAAGCACAAGUUACUACGUAUAGGUACUAAAGUUAGUGAAUUGGAGAAAAAAAGCAGAAUGUAUUUUGACAUAGCUUCAUUUUUAUUUGUUAACGUUUUUACGUUAAUCAGAGAUUAUAAUUACUUGUCUGUAUCGUAAUGUUAAAUUCAAAAAUUCUUUUUUAUUCUGUAAUCAACAUUUUGUCGUGUCGGUAAAAUUUAAUAAACUUUGAUUUUUUGUUAAACAAAAAAUGUAUUACGAAUUAAAUUGUAAAACAAAAUCUGGAUGAGGAAGCCAAACUUAUCUCUACUUGAUCCGACUUCAUUCGUAAUAUCUAUCAAAAAACAUCUCUGACAGAGAGUCCCAUUCAUCAAGUAUGAAUUGAAAUUUCAAACUCUUUUUCAUAUUUUCGUAGAUCUGAAUGUUGAGAAAUCACAAAAUUUUCCGUGCAUUUCAUGUAAUUGCGUAUUUAAUUAACACC